CACAGACGAGAGACUGAACACACAACGCGGCCCCUAAAAGCUGCUUCCAACGUGGCGUUCGGUUCGGUGAGACAUGCACACUCCAAUCGACUCAUCUGUCUCGCACCAAACGGGAAAGCCCUGCUUCACAUCUCAAGUGAGUACUAUUACGUUACCUAAGCUAUCUGAACACUUCUCGCCAGGCAGGAGGUAAUAAUGAGCAGCUAUAGUCAUAGAGACUACGCGUACUGCGACAGGCGCGAUCACGAGGAUUCUAGCAGGUCUCAGCGGCGCGAUUAUGACAGCUAUCACCCCUCAGAGCAUCGACGUGAACGCAGUCGGGAACGACAGAGGCCUCCCCUACUUAGACGGCGGGCUUCCUCAUCAUAUUCUCCGAAUGCACGAAGUCCAGCCUUGCCCACCACAAACGUAGCAAGUCCUGCACCUAUGUCCACAUCAGGAUCAGAUACGGGCAACAACAAAGCUUCUGAAUCGUCGGACUUAGCAAGCAGAAUCGUGCGCAACCUACGUUCUGCCGAAAUCGACAAGGCAAAGCAACGCCUUAGCAAAUGCAAACUACAGCAUAGCCGUGCUACAGCAGAGCAAUACCCUGAUCAUCCGUCUAUCGUAAAACAGGCCAAGUUGGCUUACGCGGAUGCUAAAGAGCACCUUAAAAAGACACAAGAUGAUACUAAGGAUCUCGAGGCUUGUUUCGCAGAGAUUCUAAAAGCCACAGGUAUCAAGGCUACAGAUACUAUAGAGCAGCAGCCGAAAACCACGACAGAUGCCGCCGAAAGGUCCAAGCUCGACGAGCGGCUUGGAGCCAUCGCCCGCGAACAAGAGGCGAAGAUUAAGAAACUAGAGAGUGACCUCCAAACAAGAUUCGACCAGUCUAUCACGGACUCGGCGAAACGUAUUCAAGAAGACUUCGACAAAUCCCUUAACUCAAGGACAGAAGAGAUACAAAGUCAUUACACAGCAAAGCUCGAGGCAAAGCUCGAGGAGCACGAUAAAAGAAUACGCGAGCACUAUGACACAUCCCUGAAGUCAAGGACAGAAGAGAUGCGAAGUCAGUACACAGCAAUGCUCGAGGAGAACGACAAAAGGAUACGCGAACACUACGACGAAAAGCUCAAGACGUAUGUGUCCGAUAUCACUACUCUACGGGAGCAAUUCAACAAGUGGCAAGAGGCUAUGGACCUCGACAAAAUCACGGACAAGCAAGCGUCUAUUAUGAAAUCGCACGAUACGCUCGCAGCGAAAGUGCAAGACGCUGCUAGCGAGCAGACACUACUUCAGGGUCACGUUCGAAAGCUAGACGAGCGACUCAGUCUUCCUCCUAAACCAGGCACGGCUGACCGCGCAGUUUCAGAGCUCAAGACCGAACUCCAAAAUUUAGAAGACAGGCUCAGCGCCCGAACUGGCGAGAUAGAAACGGAUGUUGGCAGUCUCAAAAGCAAAGUCGACGUCUUGGAACAGUCCUCGGCUCCGCAGGAGACGGCACUCACCGUCGCAGCUCAACCCAACAGCCAAGGUCUAGACCCUGAUCUAGACAAGAUACAAUACGCAGUUGAUCAGAUCAAGAUGGACCUACACAACUUGAAGAAAAAUGUCGUGGAUAUUUUCCGCUCCCAAAGCCUUAUACCCGACCACCUAAAGGACUGGGCAUGGAUGGCGACUCCAACAAGGCAACAAACCCCGGUACCCCAAGUGCAAGCUACCUCGGAAGCGGACGGAUCAUUGGCCACUGUAGCGCAUGUUGAGACGACUCGCAGGCAUCUUGAGGAGCUAUACAAGGACAGGGAGUCCUUUGUUGACUCUGUCGUGGCAUGCAUUGGGCCUCGCGUCAGCGCUGAAAUAGCUGAGAUUCGGCAAGAGCUAAUCAGCAAGGGUGAGUCAAUCACCUCCUGCCAGGGCGAUAUCAACGCCUGCAGAGAACUUGUCCAGAUACAUUCGGCGCGACUUAACGACGUGAUGACCAAGUGCGCCAACGACCGCGACAUGCACCGCUCGCUACACGAUAAGUUGUCGAAAUACUGCAAGGACGUCCACGAGGAUCUCGACAUGCGAUGCCGCAACCUCGAUCAUUGGCAGCAGAACUUUGAGACGACGGACCUGGUCAACCAGAUGACCGAAUACAUCAAAGCCCUUAUGCCGGGCGAGAUAAGCCAGAUGCGCCACAAGGUCGCGGCGAUCGAAACGGAGCUUCGUCGAAUACAGGAUCACGCGGCCAAGAGACGCAAGGUCUCAGUCCCCAACGGCGGAAUACAAGCUGUUCCAAUGGCGCCUGUCCAUCCUUCCUAGGGGGAGGGACUGCUGAUGCAUCCACUGCCUGAAAAGCCA